CCAGUUUCCAGGCUUUCGCGCCACCUUACUUUGUUUUGGUUCGGAAAAACCCUACACAGUACACAACUCCCCUUGCUGCCCGUCCCGCCGUUCAAACAGAGCCGCCUACUUCCGCAAUUUCCUCCGCCCGCCUCCGCCUUCGUCUUCGUCCCCCGUAUAUUUUAUUCAUGGCGGUCUUACCAUAUACAUCCGGAGAAUUAGUCCUCAGGGCAAUAACAGCAAGCAGCAGCAGCUGAAGAGCUUUUUCUCUUGUCGACAUCCAUCCCACCACCAAUAAUGUCGUGUGUGACAUCUUACAGUGUUUUCGCGCCUUCCGCUAAGUUUUUCUCCGGCUUCAACAAGAACAAUGUCAAUUUCUCAGUGUCAAACGCUCCCUCGUCCUUCUUCAGCAACCUUACUCCUUCGUCUGCGUCAUUUCCAAGGCUCUUUAGCUGUGGGAAUAUUUUGAAUAGCAGAAGGCUGGUUAGUACCGGCUGGCGUUGUUGUGCUGCCCAGCAAUCGGGAAACUCGGCUUCAGCUGCCUCCCUGGGUAGUGAUGACUCUGAUGAGAGAGUGGUCGUAUUGGUGAUUGGUGGAGGAGGAAGAGAACAUGCACUUUGCUAUGCACUUAAGAGAUCUCCAACUUGUGAAACUGUCUUCUGCGCCCCUGGCAACGUGGGAAUUUCCAGCUCUGGCGAUGCCACUUGUGUUCCUGAGCUCAGGAUUGCUGAUAGUUCAGCAGUAAUUGCUUUCUGCCACAAAUGGGGUGUAGGACUCGUGGUUGUGGGGCCAGAGGCACCUCUAGUUGCAGGGCUAGCUAAUGAUCUGGUGAAGUUUGGUAUUCCAGUGUUUGGCCCGUCCGCAGAGGCUGCUGCUUUGGAAGGUUCCAAGAACUUCAUGAAGAGUAUAUGUGACAAAUAUGGAAUUCCUACUGCCAAGUACCAGGCAUUCAGACAUCCAGUGCCCGCAAAACACUACAUUCAAGAACAAGAGCUUCCAAUUGUAAUCAAAGCAGAUGGAUUGGCUGCUGGAAAAGGAGUAAUAGUUGCAACGGACCUAGAAGAGGCUUACAAUGCCGUCGAUUCAAUGCUUGUCGAUGAAAUGUUCGGUCCAGCUGGCUCCCAGGUCAUCAUCGAGGAGUUCCUCGAGGGAGAGGAAGCAUCUUUCUUUGCACUCGUGGAUGGAGAAAAUGCCAUACCGCUGGAGUCUGCUCAGGACCAUAAGCGUGUGGGCGAUGGCGAUACUGGACCUAACACCGGCGGAAUGGGAGCUUACUCCCCUGCUCCUGUAUUGACGAAAGAGCUGGUGUCGGUAGUUAUGGAGAGUAUAAUACUUCCUACUGUGAAAGGAAUGGCUGCAGAAGGUUGCAAGUUCGUUGGAGUUCUGUAUGCUGGCUUGAUGAUUGAAAAGAAGUCUGGCUUGCCCAAAUUGAUCGAGUAUAACGUGCGGUUCGGAGACCCUGAAUGCCAGGCAUUGAUGGUUCGUCUGGAAUCCGACCUGGUAAAAGUCCUGCUUGCAGCCUGUAGAGGCAAACUGAGCCAAGUAUCCCUCGACUGGUCACCUGGCUCAGCCAUGGUUGUAGUAAUGGCGAGCAAUGGCUAUCCCGGUUCAUACGAGAAAGGAACCAUGAUUCAGAACCUCGAAGAAGCCGAAAAUGUCGCUCCAACGGUCAAGAUAUUCCAUGCUGGGACCGCCCUCGACUCGAGUGGCAACCUGGUAUCUGCUGGUGGCCGUGUUCUUGGUGUCACUGCCAAGGGAAGUGAUCUGGCGGAAGCAAAGGAGAGAGCUUACCAAGCCAUCGAGAAAGUCAACUGGCCUGGCGGGUUCUACAGACGAGACAUUGGGUGGCGGGCGCUUCCCCUUCCGGUUCAACCGAAGCAAAAUUGA